AUGCUGCUGCUGAUAUCACUGCUGUUCAUGGGGCUGGGUUGCUUGCUGGGGGCGCCAACAGGUAGAGAGGUCUACAGGAUGCCCCAGAGUGCACUCAAAGCGCUGUCUGAUCGUGGUACAGUGGUACUUGAGGCGGCCAUGACCAGCGCCCUGUCUGCUCUCGAGCGUGCAUCCUCUGAGAGAGGUCGUGCUGAGGCUGGCUGCCGAGGUUGUGUUCCCUGUCUGUUUCAGGACUGUGGGCAACUGUCUGGGUCCUGCUCAUCUCCUGCCAGUGCCUUGUCAGAGCCCAGCUGUGACAUCAUCAGUAAGGCCCAGAAGCUUCAGGAUGAAGCACAGCGGAGUUGGGCUCUGAGCCAGGCCUGUGCAUACUACCAGCAUCGCUGCCCACCUGGUGUACUGGACAAGGAGAGCUGCAUCAGGAUCAUGGGGGAGAGUUGCAGUGCCCGAGUCCUCCAGUGCAGCCUGCUGAACACAAUGCAGAACCUGGAACCUGCUACUCAGACACAUGCACAGGCGGUGUGCGGUCAGAGGUCGUCUGCGGUGCAAAACAUCACUCAGCCUCGCUCCAGGAUUGUGGGCGGCUCCCCUGCUCCUCCAGGCAGCUGGCCCUGGCUGGUCAACCUGCAGCUAGAUGGCGGCCUGAUGUGCGGAGGGGUUCUGGUAGACAGCUCCUGGGUGGUCACUGCUGCACAUUGCUUUGCAGGCAGUCGCAGUGAGAGCUACUGGACGGCCGUAGUAGGGGAGUUUGACAUCACCAAGACUGACCCUGAUGAACAAGUUCUUAAAGUGAACCGCAUCAUCCCUCAUCCGAAGUUUAACCCAAAGACAUUUAACAACGAUAUAGCUCUGGUGGAGCUGACAUCACCAGUGGUCCUGUCUGAACAUGUCACUCCAGUGUGUCUGCCCUCUGGCAUGGAGCCCCCUACUGGCAGCCCGUGUCUGGUGGCAGGCUGGGGCUCCCUCUAUGAGGAUGGGCCGUCUGCUGAUGUCGUGAUGGAGGCCAAGGUUCCCCUGCUGCCUCAGAGCACCUGUAAGAGUGCCCUCGGCAAAGAGCUGGUCACCAACACCAUGCUGUGUGCUGGCUAUCUCUCUGGAGGCAUUGACUCCUGUCAGGGAGACUCUGGAGGUCCCCUGAUCUACCAAGAUCGAAUUUCUGGUCGCUUCCAGCUCUAUGGCAUCACUUCUUGGGGAGACGGCUGUGGAGAGAAAGGCAAGCCUGGAGUCUACACACGGGUUUUUGCUUUCUCUGACUGGAUUCAGGCCGAGAUACAGAAGUCGUUUGGGAGCCGAGAGCCAACGUGUCCAGAGCUACUCAAGACAACAGAGAUGACAGAAGAGGAACAAAGAUCAGAAUUCAGCUCCUUAUGUCACUUCUACACCCUGACCUGUCCCCGGGGUCAGUCUGCCAGCACUUGCAGCCGCAUGGCCGAGGACAAAUGCCUCACCCGCUUCAAGAAAUGUCAGAUGCGUUCGUUCCUGCAGACCCUGCUGGAUCUCCUCCAGAGAGCUGAAGACUACAUCAGGGACAAAGUGGACUUGACCUUCUUCACCCAGACUCUACCUCAGCUGGUGGAGCACAUCUACAGCACAGCUUUCACUCACACCAGAGAGAGGAGAGACCUGGGGCUGAGCCAGUGUCUCACACAGAUAGAAGAACAGCUUGGUGGAGCUGUGGUGCCUGAAGAGCUGGGUCCCUCACCACUGCCUCCGGCCCUAUUCAAAGAGGUGGGCCCUUUGGUGGACGACUGGGAGAAAUACCUGAGGAACGUGGCUGAGGACCUGGACAAACAGCACACUGACACAUCCACAGACAUCUCCUCUGCACCAGCAUCACAGGAGCACAACAUUUUCUCACAGACGGAAGACUCCUCUGUGCUUGAGCUAGAGGGACAAUAUCGAUCCAUCAUCUCAGCUCUACGCUCCAAAUUGGACUCUAGAGCUGCCCCUCCCAUCAUGCACCUGGACACAACCUACCUCCAGAAAGAGUCUCCCAUCGUUUCCCCCUUCCCAACGUCUUCUCCCGGGAAGCCGCUCCACGCCGCUUCCUCGACCGAGGAGGAAUCCCCAGAGCCGUGGUCACUCUUAAAAGCCUUGAUGAACGAAAUUGAAAAAUUGAGAACACAAGAUGAGAUUGUGCCAAAAGAUGCGUCUCAAGGUGAAACCUUCUCGAGUAGAGAUGCUUUUCCUGAUGUAACGUGGAGUGCCACGUCUGAGGAUUUUACUUUUGUUGGGACUGAAGAUGGAACAGAUUUACAAACUUUAGUGUCAGCACUUCCAGUUCACCCAACAACUACUGUCCAGACAGUGACUGAGGGCGACCACAGAGAAAUGACGGUUGACCCCAGACAAACUGUGAAUGUUGUAAAGGCUCAAAGUCUUCAGCGGAAGUACAGGAGCCUUCUACGCAAGAGGCAGAUACCUGGAGCGAGUGGGAAAAUUUGUCCUGGAGUGAGAGAAUCCUCACAGCAGGUCAGCCAAGUCAGAGACUCAUACAGCUGGGUCCUAAACAUCCCAAACAAAAACCUGCGUAUGAAUUUCCAAGAGGUGUUAGUUGAUCUGAGCUCGAAGAACGAUCGAGGACUCUACCAGGCACGGGUCAGGGCACUGGUGGGAGGACGACCUUUAACCUUCUACAGUCUCGUCGGCCUUGAGAAUGAGUCAUUCUACCGAAGUGUACCAAGGAUCAUUGCUAUGGCACUGGAGGCGCUCAAGACUUGAUUUCUCGUGACAGUGAAGUGAGAUAACUUGAAGGUAAAAGACAUGGAGACGAUGGCACAAACACUCAGAGAGACGUGUGUGAAAAGCACCAGGAAAUCCCUGUCGCGGGAC